UUGGCAGAUCUUUAUUAUGGUGUUGCUUACAGACUUACACGGCGUGCUUGCCCAGAGGAUAAUGUAGAAAUUGGAUUCAUAUUACCAUCUGGUGAAAGAUUAAACGAAGAGGAGGAUGAAUUGUUGCCAGUGAAAACAUUUUCUGAAACCGAAAAAGACUCCAAGCUGGAUGAAGAGUUGCAAUCAAAUAAGGCAGUUGAGAAGAAGCCAAGCAUUGAAUAUUAUUGUGAUUUUUGCCAAAAAACUCUU